GGGAAGCGUUCAGGGUGCAAUAAUCAGGGUUCAAACUUCUCCGCAGCCGGCGUCAUAAGAGUCGCAUUGGUGUGUGCAUGCGUGCAUUGAUUGACAACGCCAUGCCUGUUUUGGGUGUAUCGAUGAAAGGAAUCUUUCCUGUACGUGGCCAUCGCACCAAUCAUAACACUGUCGUCUGCAGUCCAGGGACAGUUGUUGUGCGCUCUCACGUUGUGGAUCUCGUCACGAUUCGACAGGGUGGGUGCGUAGUGCCGGGAGGAUCCUUUUUGAUGUGCGGCUCAACCAACGGCGAGAGGGUCCAGAGAGGCGCUCGCAGAAUGCAUGGACUGGUGACGCAGGGUCUCCGCUGUAGUCCUGCCCUUGGACGUAGCCUUCCUCGGUUUCAUAUCGCUACAAAGCAACGUUGUGUCCUGCCAGGAGUUAUCUGAUUUCUUCCUCACAAACAACUCACAGUAUCGACAUUCCACGUAUACAAACAACAACAAAACAACAACAACAACUACACACGCAUAUCACACCCAACCACCCAACCAUCACACCUCCAACAACAAUGUCCUCAACAAACUACCAAACCCACGGCUUCGUCGACCCUGCCCAAGCAGAAGACCACUUCUCUCAACAAUUCGACAUGUCCAACCCUGAACACGCCCGCACAUCCUAUCAAAGACUCAUGCACCAACACACCAAAAUGCAAUUCGAAACUGCCACGGCUUCUUCUCGACGAAGAUCUCCCAACCCCUCGAGUGGGUCGAAUGAUAUGGCUUCGCUUUCGACUGAGUCGAGUCGCGGGUCAGUGGGUUCGAUGGGUUAGAUCGCUGGUUUUCGUCGUUUGACGCAACCGAAAGGAAAGAUGAUGAUGUUUACGUUGUUUUUUGAUUUUGAGUGAUUUGGCGAGCGGGUUUUUGUAUGAUCAUGGGGGCGGAGUAUCCCCGGCUGGGUUGGAUUGGCGUUCUAUCGAUUAUCGUGCAGAGCUGCGCGAGGUUUUCUGGGAGUUUGAUGACUCUUGUUCUUCUUUUGUGUCUGUGUGGAGGAAUCACAGGACUUCAAUCAGAUUAUGACAGAAGACAUUUUUAUUAUCAGAGGAGCUUUAUACCUGAC